UGAAGUGCAGGAACCAGGAACUAUCAAAAUGGCUGUCAAUCCUGAUGCCGCGUAUCUAGCAUUGCUAGGAUUAGCGGAAGAAUUUCGGACUAUGAGCCCUCCAAACAUGAAGAACUGCAUUAGAUGUCUUCUAGCCAUAUUUCACCUAAAGCCUCCACCGAAAAUUGAAGCCAUCACUCACGUCCAGCUCGGGAAUCACUUGUUGCAGUACAGCAAGAACACUGACCUUGCUCAGUCUCACUUGGAACAGGCUUGGCGGCUCUCCCAAAAUAUCGUAGGAUUGGAUGAAGUAAAGUUUCAAGCAGCCAACGCGUUAGCUGACUUGUACGAAAAAAAGAAUCAGACAAAUGCAGCCAAGCAAGUCAUCACUAAAGCUAUCGAACUGUCUCGCAAUUCUGCCUUCUGGCACUGCAGACUUAUAUUUCGAGUUGUGCAAAUCUAUGCUGCCGAGAGGGAUUACAAUACUGCUUGCCGAUUCCUGAGCAUGGGAGCGGAAUAUGCGCACGUGGCGGGGGCGCAGUACACUCGAAUUUUAUUUCUGCUCAGCGAGGGCAUGUUGCUCAUGGUGGGCCGCAAGCUCGCUGAGGUUCAUCAGGUGCUCAGCCAGGCAGGACAGCUGGUUGAAGCAUGGCAGGGCUCUGUGCAGAAUAAGGAAGCUCUGAAAGUGUUUUUCCUUGUACUUCAAGUUUGCCAUUAUUUGUCUGCUGGGCAGGUUAAAAGUGUCAAGCCUUGUUUGAAGCAGCUUCAACAGGGAAUUCAGACCAUUACUUCUCUUCAUUCAGAUGAAGACGCUGUUCCCAGUAAUCCAGCCGACAUGUUCCAUUGGAUGCCAAAGGAACAUAUGUGCGUCCUGGUUUACCUUGUGACUGUGCUUCACUCCAUGCAAGCCGGGUACAUGGAUAAAGCACAUAAAUACACGGACAAGGCUUUGAUGCAAAUAGAGAAGCUGAAAAUUGUAGAUAGUAACCCUAUCUUACACUCGUUCCAACUCCUCUUGCUGGAGCACAUCGCUAUGUGCCGCCUCGUUAUGGGCAAUAAAACUCUCGCAAUACAAGAGGCAGCUCAAGCAUUGCAAAUCUGCCGUCAGGAACCAAGGCUCUUCGCAAGACAUAUGCCUCAGUUGCACACUCUACUGGGUCUGUAUGCCAUGUCCAUGAACUGUAUGGAAGCAGCGGAAGCACAGUUCAGCACCGUCUUACGGAGCAACGCAUCAACCGAGCUGCGCAUCUUGGCCAGCCUCAACCUGGUGAUCGUCUACCGAAGAAUGCCGUACAGGGACAAGGAGUUAACAGAACUUCUGGCGAGGCUGAACCCAGACACUCUACCUUCCACGUCCCACAGCUUGAGGGCAGCUGCAUACUACGUUCACGGGCUAAACGCUUUCUUUCAAGCUCGAUCCAACGAUGCAAAGCGCUACCUUCGAGAAACCCUGAAGAUGGCCAAUGCGGAGGAUCUAAACAGGCUUACCUCGUGUUCGCUGGUCUUGCUCGGUCACAUAUUUUUUAACCUUGGAAACAGCAGGGAGAGUAUGAACAUGGUGACGCCGGCGAUGCAGCUUGCAAGCAAGAUUCCUGAUGUUCAUGUGCAGCUUUGGGCAUCUGCUCUUCUUAAGGACUUGUAUCGUCUGUGUGGGAACCCUAUGCAAGAGCAAGAAGCCGUCCAAACCCACGCAAACUUUUCGCAGCUACUACUUAAAGACCAUUUUCAAGCAUCACAGUUGCCAGAACAUGCUCUGAUUCAGUGGAUCGAUGGGGAACCACCAGCAAUGACUACAUCCAGUGCCUCGACGAGUUCUGCAAUUCCAUGAUAGUAGCACUGCCCAUUUUCAUCAUAUUUGCACAAACAGCGAAACCCCCAAUAAUAUGGUUUUUACGAGAGUACAAAAGAUGCCCUACGACCCAAUUUUGCUCCAUAAUGACAACAUUGGAAACUUAGGAAAGGUAAAGUAAUUGUUUACAAACACACACAGUUUACAUAUGUGUGAAUGAGCUUAUUCGGCAGCAAUUCGUCACACUGGCAAUAGUAACAUAGAUAACUAGCCGAUUGUAAAGCCACAAUGCUGCUCACAAGUUUUAGUCUUCAUUCAUUUAGUUUGAUGUCCACAAAUCAACACACUGUCGUUAAACAGACAUCGCAGAGCUUACGGGUUAUGAGAGUACCGUGACACGCACGGGACCUUGUGGCAGUCGCAGCUAAUAGAACUGACAGUAGAAGGAAAAGCCCUCUCCUAAGGACUCCAGAAAUCGUAUCUAUUGUAGGGUUUCGCUGUACAUCUUGUGUUGUCACCAUUAUACUUGACAUGUAAAUACGGACGGUCAACGUGAGUCGCAAUUUAUUGGCCUUUUGCACCACCAUGCAUGUUAUAGCAUGCAGCAUUGUUUUCAACGAGUCUCAUCACUCACACACAGAUAUGACAUACACCUUCUUUAUGUAUGCCAUCCAAGAAGUACAUGUAAAUAAGUUAAGCUUCAUGAGAACCUCACUACUGAUAUUUGAGAAAAAUAAAGAGCACGUGAAAGUGGUC